AUGUCAGCCAUUGGGAAGCGUUUAUGUCUUUUGGUGGUGUCAACCUUUAUUGCGUCUCGGGUGGUUGGUUACCAAGCAACGGGCGAUUUCUCUGAAGAGUGUCCGCCAAUGCAAGUCUCUUGUCGUCUUGUGAGUGGAUUGUAUCAGCAACAAACAACAGCAUGCAUAUCUUUGGUGCCAUAUCAACCCUCAUCCCAUCAUCCAUCUGGUGCUUCCCAUUACCUGCAAUUUGGUGAACCUCCUGAAACAAAGGUCCCUUAUCGAUCGAUCAUGUCAGCAACAAGGAGCAGGUUUAUACCUUUGGCGUCAGCAAGCUUUCGAUCAUCUCGUGGUUCUGAUUAUCGGCAAUUCCUUUGA